GGUUUUUGGCUUGUUGCUACGAUGGACGAGAAUUUACUGGACGAUAUAAUCCGGCGGCUGCUGGAUACGAAUACCGGGAGGACGGUGAAGCAGGCGCUACUUGAGGUGGAGAUACGGCAGCUAUGCUCGGCUUCGAAAGAGGUUUUCCUCAGCCAGCCUAAUCUCCUCGAGCUCGAGGCUCCUAUCAAGAUUUGCGGAGAUGUUCACGGUCAGUUUCCAGACCUCUUGCGGUUGUUUGAGUACGGUGGCUAUCCGCCAGCUGCGAAUUACUUGUUCCUGGGUGACUAUGUUGAUCGUGGUAAGCAGAGCAUAGAGACGAUAUGCCUUCUUCUUGCCUACAAGCUCAAAUACAAGCUCAACUUCUUCCUUCUCAGAGGCAAUCACGAAUGCGCUUCGAUCAACCGUGUGUACGGAUUCUACGAUGAGUGCAAAAGAAGGUACAACGUGCGCCUGUGGAAGAGCUUCACCGACUGCUUCAACUGUCUUCCCGUUGCUGCUCUCAUCGACGACAAGAUCCUCUGUAUGCACGGCGGACUAUCGCCUGAGCUGAAGAGCUUGGACGACAUCAGGCGGAUCCCUCGUCCCAUCGAUGUUCCUGACCAGGGAGUCCUUUGUGAUCUGUUAUGGGCUGAUCCCGACAGAGACAUUCAAGGCUGGGGGGAGAAUGACAGAGGUGUCUCGUAUACAUUUGGGGCCGACAAAGUGGCUGAGUUCCUUCAGACUCAUAACCUUGAUCUUGUCUGCCGAGCUCAUCAGGUUGUAGAAGAUGGAUAUGAGUUCUUUGCAAAGAGACAACUGGUGACAAUAUUUUCUGCACCCAAUUACUGUGGUGAGUUUGACAAUGCUGGCGCAAUGAUGAGUGUUGAUGAUAGCUUGACAUGUUCAUUCCAAAUCCUCAAGUCAUCUGAGAAGAAAGGAAGAUUUGGAUUCAACAACGUUCCUAGACCAGGAACCCCACCUCACAAGGGUGGAAGAGGUGGUUAA